AUGAAGAAAUAUUUGAAAUACAAAGAUUUAAGAAAAAGGAAGGUAAAAGCCGUCUUAAAUCUCAAUAAACCGUGUGCAGGGAUAAAAUUCGAAUAUAAAACAGUCGAACAAGGGGUGUGCAGUACUCCUAAGCAAAAUGACUUCAUCAAUAAGAGAUUACAAUGGAUGCAUAACCAUGUCGGAGGAGUCAAGGCUUGUCCUGGGGAUAAAAACUUCUGGAAUCUCUGCUACAUACCUAACGGGCGAAACAACCAACAGCGUGACCAGAACCCAUACAGCAGAAAUCAGGCAGUCACCUACGGAACCUUCAUGUCAUUGUCGCCUAUGGUUAUAUUGAAAGGGAAUACAUAUUAA